GGACGAGUCGCAGGACCCGAGAGAUUGCCCGAGACGACGACGACGACGAGAGCAGGCAUGGAGCCACAUAAUGCCAGCAGCUCCGAGCUCGCAGUGGAGUUAGGCCUUAAUGAGCGAUGUUGGAUCCGGCGGCGUCGUGCUUUAAAUCCGUUGAGCUAAUUAUCUUAGAGCAUGCCAUCCGGUUAUCCUUGAGAGUUGCGUCCUGCACAGUGGUGGUGCUGUGGUGCGGUGCGGGGCGGUGAGUGGUAGCGGGCAGGGGUUCAAUGAUUCGUGCGGAAUCCGCACAACAAGAAAGGAAGGCGAGGGAGGGAGGGAGGGAGGGAGGAGGAGAGAUAUUUGCAUGCAUGAGUGAAUGAUGGAAUGGUGACCAAAGUGAUCGCGCAAUAAAAAUGAAUUCGACGACCUGCGGACAUGUUCUCAUUACUUCAGAUUGAGGGCCAACUAUUCAACAGCGAGUAGUAGUUUUAUAGAGACCUGCGUCUAUAAAUUCACUCAGUCCCAUGAUUUUCUAUGAUCUUAUGAUUAGACGGAACCCACUGCUAGCUAGCCAGCCAGCAGGAGGAGGGGCCGAGGGCCCGAGUGCGCUAGUGGCGAGGGGCCCUGAUCGUGGGAUGAUCCAUGCGAGGAUCUACGGAUGGCGCGAAGAAGAAGAAGAAGAAGGAAGGAAGGAACGAAACAGAAGAAGAAGAAGAAAAGGAACAAGUGUACGAGAGGACGAGGAAAAUCGGCCAACUAUUCAAACCUCAAUCAUUCCAGUGCUGUGUCUCCCCAUUCUCUUGUAGGCUGGAGGUACUGUGGAUUAUUACAGUAGUGCUGCCUUGUGUCGAGCUAUCAUACCCGUGGCAUAUCCGCCAAGAUGAGCAUCGAACAGAAACAGCGGGUAUUUUAUUGUUCGAGCAGUGGAUGGGUGGUGGUGGUGGUGGCGGAUGGAUGGAUGGAUGGAGGGAGCGAUGGGUGGACGUCGAAGAUCAUAGAGAUCAUAUAAUUUGGAUGAUGUCACCACAAUCAUCAUACCUUUUCAGCAAAGUCUGGCUCGACGUCCCGACGGUCCCGUCCAUUUGACUUUCCCCCUGGGAGUGCUGCCGUGAUUGGAGCGGCCCAUAAUCAAACAGUCGAGUCCACCAGUGCUCUCAUACCGCCAUUUCUGUAUCUUCUGAUGAUGGUGUGGAAUUGCAUUGCCGCUUUUGAAAAUGCAAUAACGAUGUCCUCUUGGCGAAUCAUGCAGAUGACAAACAGGAGCAAACACGGGCGAGAAUCAAGCACCCCCAAAUAUAAUAGCCCUCUCCACUCCCCGGCUCGUUACGCUGAUUUCCAGUCGCUCUGAUAAUUGUGUGGAGUAGCGGAGGUCGCCCACAGGAGUCGAAAACACGCGGACGAGAAUCUGGUGCCACUUAUUUCUGCACAUGUUAGUCCAAUCUUUGCUCCACAUCUGGGCCGAUAGCCCAAAAUAGUGUGGAGGUCGAGCUAUUCUGAAGGCGAUCUCGCCCGAAGCAAGGAAGCGCUGCGAGCAUGUUCUUUAGACUCCGCUAAGUCAAUGACAUGAUUGGAGAAAAGAAUUUCCACAGCGCAGAAAAUAGGGGGUCAAUGACCAGUGAUCAGCGUAAUUGGGGAAUGAAUCUGGACGUUUCUUCGAUUUUCUCUCCGCUUGAUGGGGCUAUGAUGUGGUGACAAGAUUAGGAAGUCAAUGGCAUGAGCAAAACAUGCCAUAGACACUGCAU